UACAGUAUUGGGAGUUCCCUCUACAGAAGGCUCUCAGUGGGCGGAGGGUUUAUAAAACGGGGGCGGUUUUGUGCAGUUGUUUAAGAUCUAUCGGGAUUCGAUUCUACUGAUGGAGAUUCAUGGCAUGUGGAAAUCGGUAUUGGACUUUUGGAAUUUGAGGGAGAGUGUGAAGACCACUCAUCGUGAGACGGAGGAGUUUAGGCGGACGGCGGUGAGGAGAAAGUCGAAGGGAAUACCGCGGGAGACUGAAGUGUCUCCUAAACCUGCCCAUCUCCAGAGCCCUGGGGAGUGCCCUGUCACGGGGCCAGAAGGAGCUCUACUCACAGGGACGGGAUCAGGACCCCAAGCUAGGGGGCUAACGGGCCACAGCCCAGGAAAAUGUCAUGGGACCAGGCCGAGGCACAGCCAAGUGAAGGGGGUACCACCAGGGACCCAGAGCCCAGGAAAGAGACUAGGUGUCCACAGCCCAGGGAAGCGCUCCAAACUAGGAUCUCAGUCCACAGGGAAGGGAGCAGGAUCUAGGCUGAACCAGCUGAGAAGCCCUGGGGCCAGGAUGAAGAGACAUGGUCACAUGGCAGGAUCACCCUGCAGCCUGCCUGACCUCAUUCACCUUGAGGAAAACCAGUCUGUGCUCAGAUCAGCUAACAGCAGCCCAAUGCAUACCACCACCUCUAUAAGCCUAGACCAGCCUAGAGACCCAGACAGUGGGUCUACCGACAGCUCCCACACAGGACUGGAUGCUCACAGACACAGUCCAGACAGGGCAGUAGUAGUGGCACACAGGGAGGGCAGAGCGAGGGAAAUCUCUCCCAUAAAUAUGAAUGGUUUGGACCUGAUGAGGGACGCUGUACUGGUCGAUGGCCAUGUAGGAGACGGAGGGAAGGUGGAUACAGGGCUCGAUGUGGACCUGUCCCCCUCUCACAGAACUGGGACUGAGGAGGCCAAGCUUCAGGAGAGCUCUACAGAUGAGAAGAAGAUGGAGGGAGGGAGUGAGGAGGUGAGGGUGCAGGACUCCACUGAACAGAAGCUGUAUAAGAUUGCCAACGAGCUUCUGCUCACAGAGAGGGCCUAUGUUGCUCGCCUUCACCUGCUAGACCAGGUGUUCUGUGCCCGGCUGACUCAGGAGGCCGGUAAAGGCUUGUUCCCUGUAGAUGUGGUGAGGACCAUCUUCUCCAACAUCUCCUCUAUCCACACCUUCCACAGCCAGUUCCUACUGCCAGACCUGGAGACGCACAUGGGCCAAUGGUCUGUGAGCCCUCGUCUGGGUGAUGUCAUGCAGCAGCAUGCUCCCUUCCUCAGGAUGUAUGCUGAGUACGUGAUGAGCUUCAACCACGCCAUGGAGCUGCUUAGAGUCUGGACGGAGAGGUCCGCACCAUUCAGGAACGUCAUACAGGAUAUACAGAGUCAGGAGGUGUGUGGUAGUCUGACCCUGCAGCACCACAUGUUGGAGCCGGUCCAGAGACUACCUCGUUAUGAGAUGCUGCUGAGAGACUACCUCAAGAGAUUGCCUGAUGAUGACUCGGACCACAGUCAUGCAGAGAAGUCUCUGCAGGUCAUUUCUAUGGCAGCAACGCACUCCAACAGUGCCAUCCGCCAAUCAGAGAAUCUGAAGAAGCUGCUGGAGAUCUACGAGAUGUUGGGGGGGGAGGAGGAGGACGUGAUGAACCCCUCCAAUGAGUUCAUCCGGGAGGGACGUAUCCUGAUGCUGGCUGCCAGGCACUCCGCCAUGGAGCGACACCUCUUCCUGUUAAACAACAUGCUGCUGUGCUGCACUCCUCGGUUCAGCCUGGGGGGGCAGCGCUUCACCGUGCGGACACGGAUUGACGUGGAGGGCAUGACGGUGCAGCGCACCACCAACGAACACCACCCCCACACCUUCCAGGUAUCUGGCAAGGAGAGGACCCUGGAGAGAACCCUGGACCUACAGGCCAGCUCUGAACAAGACGAAGAGGACUGGAUAAAGGCUUUUCAGGACACCAUUUAUGUUUUCCAGCAGAAGAAUGAGACUUUUAAGUCAGCUUCUAAAGAAGUAGAGGUAUCUACUGAGGAGCUGGGUCGGCGUGCCCCUCGAUGGAUCUGGGACAAUGAGGUGACCAUGUGUAUGAAGUGUAGCGAACCCUUCAACGCCCUCACCCGAUGGAAACACCACUGCAGAGCCUGUGGCUGUGUGGUGUGUUGGAGGUGUUCAGACAACAAAGUAACUCUGGAGUACGAUGGCAACAAGGUGAACAAGGUGUGUCUAGACUGCCACUCCGCCCUGACCCUCCGGGCCAACAGAGGGGAGAGGGGAGAGGUCAAGGAGGGGGGGCAUUCUAGAGGUUCCACACCCCACCUCCCCAUUUCCAUCCCUACCCUUUCCCCAGGAUCUGAAGGCCUUGUCUAGGGUCCCCUUGCAGGGGAUGGGUGACUGCGGUUGUCAAUGAAAAUGGGAUGGUGGUUAAUGGGAUGACAACGCUAUGGUUGGCAAGGGGACUUUCAUCAUUGGCAACGGAAGUGUCACUGAUAAUGGUUACGGGAGUGUCUCCAAUAGAAACGGGUUGGCUGUCAAUGACAGUGAGGAGGCUCGCUUGAACAGCCUCAGUGUUCACACACUAUCCCCAAGUGUCUGUACUUGUGAUCAGUGUUAUGGCCUUAAUGAGAUAGUGAGCUCCAACAGUAUUGGGACAGUGACAAUGUUUAAGUGCAGACGGGGGGGACACGUUUAGAAAUUACAGCACUUUUUGUACAUAGUCCCCCCCCCCCAUUUUAGGGGACCAAAAGUAUUGGGACAAAUUC